AUGUGGGCGUUAAGACACCUAAAAAUUUGGAGCAACUUGUUAACACCGCUGAGACAAUUAGCUUGGAAUUAACAGUCGACGAAAAAGUCGUAAACCAGGAUGAGGUAGUCUUAGAUUCAGCGGUGAUGAAAUCCUCCUCAAAAGUCUUAGAGCAGUGUACAAAUUCGUUGACUAAGAACAUAAGUACUUACGAUGUAAAUCAGUACGGAGAAUAUCUGCUCGAAUAUGUUCGACACUUGGCUGAAAUUCCAGAAGACGAUGAAGGAUUCUAUUGGAAUGUCUUAGAGAACGAAUUGGUAGCCCUUUUUAAGAAGACACCUUUUUUCUCAACACUUUCAGGCGCUCUUGAACCUUUGCCAAAAAAACCGAUUGCAGAAAGAAAACACUCUAUGACACAGAAAGAAGUUCGUGCCACAACUAAACAACCAGAAAAAGUAGUUGAAAUCGAAAAAGUAGAAGAAUCAGUUGAGGCCUCGGUAGAGAAAAUCAAGAGACUGAUUAGAGGUUAUUACAAAGAGCAUGAAAAUCCUCUGGAUUAUUUCCAAUUGGUUCUUGAUCCCACUGAUUUUGGGCGAACCAUCGAAAAUGUUUUGCACGUCAGUUUUCUUGUUCGAGACGGAUUAGUUAAUUUGACUACUGGUAAAACUGGAGCCCUGGAAAUUGUUCCUAGUACAAAAGAAAUGGUAUCACAGGCUAAAAAAUCUGGAAAGCAGGGGAGCAUCCAGAAUAUUAUUUCCUUAAGCGUUAAGCAAUGGGAGGUGCUGAAGAACUACUACAAUUUUCAAGAACCGAUGAUUAAUUUUUGAGUUUGUCAGAAAACUUAGAAAGCAGUUAGGUUUGUUCAUUUAUUAAUUUUUCGUAAGUAGAUUUUUAAGUAUUUAUUUCAUUGUGCAAGUAAAAGGAAAAGUCUUACUUAUUGUGAAAAACGUGUGCUCAUUUGUUUUAUAUUUGGAAACUAGUGUAAAGCGAGACAAAUCUAACUGUUAUUAUCCAUGAAGACAGAGUUGGUCAGUUUUAUUCUUCGAGAGAAGAGAAUUUGUAUUUUGACAUGUAAUAAAUAUCUUGUCUAUGGUUUAAUAUUUGGUCAAAAUCUGUAAAACGUCUAGAUAAGUUAGAUGACGUAUUCAUUAUGUUUAUAAGUGACGGUAUAAUAAAAUAUUUUA